CUUUACAUCCUUCCAAUACGCCCAUGGAAUUUGUCCUCUACUUUUUUAUAAGGUCUUCUCUUCUUUCCCACUUUAAGAAGCCACAACCUCUCGAAACCUCUCCACCAUAGACUCAGAAUUUCAGCUCAAUUCAUCUCCAAAGUCUUCCAUGACUACCACCACUCACAAGAAGCUUGAAAUUUUUACAGAUGAUCAAACUCCACAGAAAUGGUGUGUUCUAUUGAGAGAAGAAGUGUUCAAGAAGUUAAUGUCACAAGGUAGUCCAAUAGUGCACAAGGUGUUUGGUGGUGGAUCAUUUUUCAGUCCUCUUUUGUUUGGGAAAUUCUUUGAUCCAUCUGAUGCCUUUCCACUGUGGGAGUUUGAGUCAGAUAUCUUAUUGUCUAGUCUAAGAAGCUCUGGCCAAAGCACUAUUGAUUGGUUUCAGACAGAUCAGGAUUAUGUUCUCAAAGCAGAACUACCAGGAGGAGGGAAAAACAGUGUUCAAGUGUAUGCUGAAAAUGGGAAGGUUUUGGAGAUUAGCGGGCAGUGGAAACAGCAGCAGCCCAAGACAAACACUACAAGAGAUUGGAGAAGUGAGCAGUGGUGGGAAUAUGGGUAUGUAAGGAGGCUUGAGCUCCCACAAGAUGCAGAUUGGAGAAAGAUAGAGGCAUAUGUGACAAAUGACCAGAUGUUGGAAAUCAAACUUCACAAGAUCAAGAACCCCUUGGAUUCUGAUAAUAAUCAGAACGCAACUGCAUAAGAUAUGUGAUGAAAGAAUGAAUCAUUUUGCCUUUUAAUUAUUAUCUUGACACUGCUGUAAUGUAAUUGUGUUGAUUUUGUAACUACUGAAUAUUAUGUAUAAUUAAAUAAUAUGGGCAAACGCAAUAUCAACGGGGAUGUAGCUCAGAUGGUAGAGCGCUCGCUUAGCAUGCGAGAGGUACGGGGAUCGAUACCCCGCAUCUCCAUUUUGCAGCUCUUUUUUAUUUUGUAUUUUUCUCCCU